AUGCAGUCCACUACCCAGCUCCCUAUUGCCCUCCUGGCACCCAAUCGCGCCGAGGACGACUGGUCCGGCCUCAGUGACCCGGCCCGCCGCCGUAAGAUCCAGAACCGGCUGCACCAGCGCGCUUGGCGCCGCCGCCGCGCCCACCACAAACUUGACCAGCACCAGCAAGAUGCCACCACCAGCACGACCCUCACGGCCGCCACCGCCGAGCGCCCCGGCCAGCACCGCACAACAACAUGCACGCUCAGCGCCAGCAGCGCGCUGCUCAUGCUGUCCCGCUUCGGCGCCCGCGCCUACGCCGCCUACCUGGCUGGAGACCCGCGCACGGAUCUCCUGCUCUCGCUCGUGCAGUUCAAUGUCCUGCGCGCGCUGAUGCAGAACAACGCCGCGCUGGGCUUCGACCUGGGGUGGCUGGCUUGCGACGCCGAGUCUGUCUUCUGCGCCUCAGCCACCACUACGACUACCCCGCCAGCACAGCCAGCACAGCCAGCACCACCGCACCUGCGCCCCACGCCCCUGCAGCUCACAACCCCGCACCACCCCUGGAUCGACCUCCUGCCCUCGCCCGCCAUGCGCAACAACAUCCUCGCGCUGGGCGCCGACUACGACGACACGGCGCUGUGCGCGGCGCUAGUGGAGUUUGGGGCGGACGAGCCGCGCGAGCGCGCGGGAUUGGUGGCUUGGGGCGCUGAUCCGGCGGACCCUGCGGGCUGGGAGGUCGGCGAGGAGUUUGCCCGGCUUUGGGGGUGGGUUGUUUGGGGCGCGUGGGAUGUUUGUUGCGCUACUAAUAUGUGGAGGGAGAGGAGGGGCGAGCGGAAGUUGUUUGGGCGGGAGUGGUGCGCGCCGCCGACGAAUGCUGGGUAGGACGCUGGACGGGUACCUGCGUAGGUAAGCAUAAGCGGCUUGCGUCAGUCUGCUAGAGUAGGUUUAGGGUUUGGUUUAGGUUCUCUGCGGGCGCUAAGGCGGGCUGCUUAUGGCAAGCAAGGAUGCUUAUCCCAUAGCGGCAGAACGACGC